ACCACGCGGACUUCCAUAUGUUCCACACGUAUCAGCUGACGGGCAGAUGAUCACGUGACGAUCAUCUGAUUCCUGAUCAGACAAACGACAGAUUUUUCAGUGAGACCUUACUACUAUGAGGCUGGUCAUUCUCGACGACUAUGAUCUGGCCAGUGAGUGGGCAGCAAAAUACAUCCGCAACAGAAUAGUCCAGUUUAAGCCUUCUGCUGACAGAUUCUUUACUCUGGGCUUGCCAACAGGUAGCACUCCUUAUGGCUGUUACCAGAAGUUAAUUGAAUACUACAGACAUGGUGAUAUUUCAUUCAAAUAUGUGAAAACCUUUAACAUGGAUGAGUAUGUCGGUCUACCUCGUGCUCAUCCGGAGAGUUACCACUCCUACAUGUGGAACAAUUUCUUCAAGCACAUUGACAUUGAUCCAGCUAAUGCUCACAUUCUUGAUGGAAAUGCACAGAACUUGGAGGAAGAGUGUCAGGCUUAUGAGCAGAAGAUCGCUGAAGCUGGAGGAAUCGAGUUGUUUGUUGGAGGUAUUGGUCCUGAUGGUCACAUAGCAUUCAACGAGCCUGGCUCCAGCCUGGUUUCCAGAACGAGAGUGAAAACCCUUGCAAAGGACACCAUUGUGGCAAAUGCUCGUUUCUUUGGCAAUGACCUCUCCAAGGUUCCCACAAUGGCUCUAACUGUUGGUGUAGGAACUGUCAUGGAUGCCAAGGAGGUGAUGAUUCUUAUCACAGGAGCACACAAAGCUUUUGCUCUCUACAAAGCCAUAGAGGAGGGAGUUAACCACAUGUGGACAGUAUCAGCGUUCCAGCAGCACCCACGUACCAUUUUUGUCUGUGAUGAGGAUGCCACCUUGGAGCUCAGAGUCAAAACUGUCAAAUACUUCAAAGGUUUAAUGCAUGUCCAUAAUAAACUGGUGGACCCAGUGCUCAGCAUAAAAGACCAGUAAAGGAGCCAGUGACUAAGGAAGACAACUGAAGGUUGUGACCAAUGAUUUCAGGAUUCAACAUAACUGUUCCACGUCUGAAGAGCUGGUGUUUGAGUCCUUAACUGUGCAUGUUGUUUAUUCAGAAACUUACUUUGAAUGUUAUUCUUUUUAGACUGUUACUGAUUAUUAGUGAAAGGUCACUGUUCAUUUAUGUUGCGAUGUAGUUAUAACAUGAGUUUACCUAUCUGAGGCGUUUUGUUUAAUAUUUAACUAAUUAAAACUAGUUCAUGUUUAACUAGUUUUUUCAGGAUUACUUUUUUCCACAAAGUAAUGACCAUAAACAAAACGCCCAAAUUUGUUUGGUGGUUGAAGUGAACCUAGACUCUUUGUCCAUAUUCAUUCCCAAAGUAGAAGGCAACAAUGUGCGGACAAUAGUUCAACAAAAGUAGCAAAUGUGAUGUGUAUGUUGGUCAAAUCUUGUCAACCAAAUAAACACUGUACAAGCAGAUAUAUUUUAGGGUCCUCGUAAAUUAAAGAGAGCCUGUUACUGUCCAACAAUAAUUACCAGUCGGUGGAUUUGAGUGUCUCACAUGUGGAGACCAUGAGUGGUUUUGAGCUGAUGUUCCCAGUGUUAGAAGACUCUGAGAUAUGGUUUAAUGCUCCUGUUCGAAAACCUUCUGUUGGGAUGAUUUUUUUUCACACUGCCAAAAAACAAAAAUUAGUGUCAAAGUGAAAAACUCCACCCAGUUUUCUUUUACAAGGGGUUCAUAACAUGUGUGUCCCAGACACGUAAGGUGUUGGUUUCAUACACUUACUGGACGAGUGUGUAUUGCUAUUGUAAUUAAUUAAUGCUGUUACACCCGAGUGUACUGAAAUGCAGUGUGACUGCAGCAUAAAUUUAAUUUGUCUUAA